AUGGAUAACGACUUCUUUCUUCCACCGCCUACGUACCCCACAUGCAUGCCGCCUGCUCACACACCGCCGCCUCCCGCGUCGCCGCCACCCUCGCAUGUGAUGAAGGCCGUUCUGGAGGAGCGCGAUGAGGAGGAAGGAAUUGAAAGGUCCUCCAGGGGACGGGGGAAGCACUCGAGAAACGAACUAAACCCAGCGGACCCCGCCAAGGACGAGAGAGCGGCGAACGCAGCCUCCAGAGGCAAAGGCAGGAGUCGCUCGCGAUCUGUGGAACCUCUUCUAAAGUGGAGUGACUACUGGGAGGUCCAGGAGGACAUCCACCCGACGGAGAACCCAAACGAUUCGUUUCGCGUCUAUCGAUCUGGAUCCGAAGGCCCGAUCUGCUUCUUCCUCCACGGCGGCGGCCACACUGCUCUCAGCUGGUCGCUCGUUGCUAAAGCCUUGGGGCCGCAAGUGAGGUGCAUCGCGUACGACGCGCGCGGCCACGGAGACACGCGGUGCGAAGAAGAUACGGAUUUCAGUGCGGCUCGGCUGGUCAGUGACGGUCUGGCAGUCGUGGAGUUUUACUGUCGACAGAUCUACGAGAGCAUCCACAAGACGAAGUGGGCGGAGGCUCCCGCGGCAGAGGCAGGAGACUCGAAGGCGUGCAGUCCUUUUAUUCCAGUCGCUCCGCUCCCAGGACUGAAGAGAAGCGCCGACCCGUGCAUCAUCAUCGUAGGUCACAGCAUGGGAGGAGCCAUCGCCACGCGCAUUGCUGCUUCUGGGAAGCUUCCUGCUCUCCACGGGCUUGUCGUUGUCGACGUCGUCGAAGGCACAGCGAUGGCUGCGUUGCCCCACAUGGCGUCCUUCAUCAAGAGGCUUCCAACGGUGUUCACUUCGCCUCGCGAGGCAGUUUGUUGGGCGAUUCGAUCCGGAACUCUGAAAAACGAAGAAAGCGCCCGCGUCUCGCUUCCCUCGCAGCUCGUGCAGACCCGCAGAAGAGACGUCCGAGACAUUCUGAAGAAGGAAAUCUCGCCUGGGCAUGAAGACGACGUCGUCUGGACCUGGCGAACAGAUUUGGCCAAGACACAGCCUUUCUGGGAAGGCUGGUUUGACGGCAUGUCCUCUCUGUUCUUGCAAGCAAGGUGCACGAAGGUGCUUAUCUGUGCAGGGAACGACCGCCUCGACCGAGAGCUGAUGAUCGCCCACAUGCAAGGAAAAUUCCAAGUGCAACUUGUGCCCUACUCCGGUCACGUCGUCGAGGAAGAUCAGCCGCAAGAAGUCGCAAAUGUCUUGCUGAAUUUCAUUUCGCGCUAUCGCCUCGACCAGUCUUCUGUCCAGCCUUGGCGCGUCCACCACUCUGCGCCGAAGCCUGCGAGUUAAACGCAGUGUGCAUACACUAGGAAGCCGCGUGAAGUCGACGACCCCACGAGUCCUCACCUGUCCCCACAUGUAAAUCCUCAGUUUGGUAAUGUCUGUACAUGUGGACUUUCGAAGUCUUCUACGUGCAAAAAACGUAUCCGCAUAUGCAUGUGUAUAUUUCGUAGGUAUUUGCAGAUAUG